AUGUCGGGACCCACCUUCUGGCCUGACCUCAUCAACAUGCCUCAGACUCAGGCCACCCCAUUGCCGCCAUGGCCCCUCACACUAGACUGCAAUGAGGACAACUCUAAGGCCCUGUACGAGUGUGACAUCGGAUUUAGCAGCGGGUGGAGCUGGCACCGCCUCCCCACACCUUUCUCCAUCAUCGUGUCGAAACCCGGUUACACUCCUGUCGAGAGUGACCGCCAGGCGCGGGUAGCGCGACGCGUGCGAGCAAAAUCCGCCCCGGUGCGGAGGCGGCCCGCGCGAACCCAGAGCCCAGGGGCGAGGGGCGCGUGCCUCGGCGGGCCCGGCCAGAAGACAAUUAAGUGGGGCAAGAAACCGGCCGGUGCGGAAGGCCGCGCCUUUCGCCGCCGCGGCGCCACGCCCGCGUAUAAAACGGGCGGCCCGCCGCCGCCGCCGCUGCUGACCGCCGCUGCUCCGACGCCGAGUCAGGACCUGACCGCCACGCCGCCAGCCGAUAUGGUCCCCGCCACACACCGGUCGCCACUGGUGAAGAAUGUGCACGGCAGGAGAAGAAUUGGUCUAGAAGCAAAUCAAAUGUUAAUAAGGACCACGCGAGACGGUGGUGCCUGCUAUCACAGGGAGCUCGCGCUGAGUCUGUGUUCGUCCUUCCUCCCGCAGGCCGCUCCGCUGUUGCUGUCACUGCUGCUGCUGUCGGGGGCGGCGCGCGCCCAGCACGGCCCCGGCGGCAACCCUGGCGCCGGUCCUGCCCCCGGCCAGGACGCAGCGCGCGCGCCACCGCCACCCGCCAUCCUGCUGCACCGCCAGGCUCUCACCACGGACGGCGCCUUCAACUUUGCGUUCCGCGCUGAGAACGGCCUGCAGCAGGGCGAGAGCAUUGCGCCCGACGGCAGCCGCCGCGGGGCCUACUCUUACGUCGACCCUAACGGCCGGACCAUCAGCGUGCGUUACACAGCCGGCAAGGACGGUUUCAAGGUGCUGGAAGGCGAGCCAUCACCUGGUGCUGCUGCACCACCUCAGCAGUUGCAGGCUCGACCACAGCCUCAGCUGGCAUACCAGCAGCAGCCACAACCACAACUGGCCUAUCAGCCACAGCCACAACUGCGGCCUCAACCACAGCUGGCAUACCAGCCCCAGCCACAGCCACAGGCGCAGCUUGCAUACCGUCAGCCACAGCAGCCAGCAGUCUACCAGACAGCAGCUGCAACACCAAGGCCUCCACCGUCUCCAGCAGCUUACCAACCAGCUGUACGUGCACAACCUCUGCCGUACCCACAGCCUGUGCAGCAUGCACAGCCUCCAUAUCAGGUCCAAGUAACCCCACGUCCAGCACCUCCUGCUCCCCAGGGCAGUUUGGGCCUCUUCCGCUCAACUGCUCCAGCUACAUUUCCACAGCAGCAGCACCAACAACAGGCACCACAACUACAGCAGACACCCAUAGAGGAACCCCAGGAGGAACAGGACAAUGGUCCUCACAGUUUUGGACAGGGAUACUCGUUUGAGUUUCAGGGAUAAGUGAUGGGUUGUUAACAGUCUGACAUUAUAUUGAAGUGCAACAUAUGUGUUCGUGUUCGUGUUCGUGUUCGUGUGUGUGUGUGUGUGUGUGUGUGUGUGUGUGUGUGUGUGUGUGUGUUUUUGUGUGCACACGCGUGCACGAAUUAACAUGUGUGUCUGCAUGUAUAUGUACAUGCGUUUGUCCAUUAAGUGGAAAAAUGGGACAUAAAUUUCAAAAUUGUGUCUAGUUGUUCACCUGGCUGGAAUGGAAAAUACCAUAACUCAUAUUUUAAAUUUUAUGAUGUUAUCCUGUUUAAUUAAAUACCACAUUACUUAUAUAAAUUA